AUGGAGUUUAUCUCUGACGACUACCCUCAUAAUUCUUACCUGCAUCACAGGAAUGUACUUAAUCCUUACGAUUCCCCUUACGCCCAUCCAGAUUACCUGGGUGGAGACGACGAUUUCGGACAAGAUGAUGAACCCUUCUGCCCUGACGACGAAGAGAGUGGACAGAAGAGAGCAAUAAUGGACGAUGAUGAUAAUGAUGAUGAUGAUGACUACAUCACUUCUUCUGUUUACCAAACACGACACAAAGACAACGACGACGAGGAGGAUAUUUCUUCUCGUAACUCCAGGAAAUCUGACCAGCAAUGGGAAGAAUAUUCACGUGGAACAGGACAGAACCCACAGGUGAAAUCUAGCGAUGACUACAACCCGAAAACGGAUGGCAAAGGAACAAGCUGUACGACUUUGGAAGAGAAACUGACAUAUCAACUUGAACAGUUAAAAGCGGUUUUGUCCAAAAGAUUUAACAAGUUUUCAGAAUUUUGCAGCUGGAAUUGUUUCUUCAGUCUCUUGUUUGUAGUCGGGGUGCUUCUUGUUUUCCUUGACCAUUACGGAUCAUCUUACGUGAGGAUGAUGAACAUGCAAAAGUUUUUCUUUUUUGUGAUGGGGGUGUUGACCACUACCGUGGCUGUUGUUGUGGUCUGCGUGGUUGUCGCUUUUACAAGUUGUUAUGGGGACGGAUUUUGA